ACAGAUGUUGCUUCCGCUCAAACGGAGCAUGCGCAAUUGAUUUCCUGUUGAAUCAAAAUGGCAGCCAGACGUGUGAUGUGGAUUUUUAGCAUUUUUAUCUAUAUUUUGAUAUUGAGAUUAUCCAACUGCUUCAGAAGUUUUCAAGUAGACGAAUUGCUGAAAGGGCAUUAUGAUUUUAAAGAUGUAAUGAAACAGCAGUUAGGAGGCAAAUUCACUGUAGGAAUAAAUGAUCCCAAAUCUUACACUGGGGAGUAUCCUGUGAGGGGCACGGAAGUGAGACCGUUCUACAUGGAUGUAUACCCUGUUACAGUGGCACAAUUUUGGAAAUUUAAAAUGCAUAAGAAAUACUUCAUAACGUCUGCUGAGAAGAAAGGUUAUAGCUGGGUACUUGCAAACCAUGUUAGUGACCAUGUAAAAAAGAGGUGGAGCGCGGAAUCAGCUGACCCGUGGUGGCUUGCAGUAAAGGGAGCACAGUGGGAUAGGCCAGAGGGCCCAGGGACACAUGUUCGGGAUCGCCUCGACUACCCUUUAGUUCAUGUGAGUUACAGGGACGCUAAGGCAUAUUGUAUGUGGAUGGGGAAACGUCUGCCGACAGAGGAGGAGUGGGAAUUUGCUGCCAGAGGUCAACUGAGAGGGGUGCAGUACCCGUGGGGUGACAGAUACAAGAAGCUUAGGAUGAAUGUUUGGCAUGGUAAAUUUCCGGACGAGGAUAAAGGUCAUGAUGGCUGGAAGUCUUUAUCUCCAGUUGAUGCUUUUCCCGCACAAAAUAACCAAAGUAUGUUCGACAUGCUAGGCAACGUGUGGGAAUGGACAAGCACGCGGUAUUACGAGAGAGUUGUGGACAGAAAACUACAGGAUCUAAAAUAUGUCCUUAAAGGCGGGUCAUACAUGGACACAAGAGACGGCUCAUAUAACUACGUUGUUCGGACUGCCAAUAGAAUGGGCCAGGAACCAACGUAUUCUGCACAUAACGUUGGUUUCCGGUGUGCGGCUAGCGCUCCCCACCUAAUGGAAGAUCUCAGAAGGAAAAACACAAAGUACGAUAGAACGACACCGGCGCCUAAACGGAAACGGGGACCUGUGCUACAUCGCAAGCCAGAUUUGAAUAAAACUACAAAGCGAAAAGCAGACAGAGAAAAAAUCCUGAGAAAAGAAGAAUUGUGAUGAAAUUGGGGAUGAAAUAAUUAAGAAUAAAUUAGAACGGGACAGCAUGAAACGAACAAUUUAAUUUUACACAUUCUUUUAAUACCAUUUAUGUAACAUGAAUUAUGUUAUAUGUUUCAUGCCGUGUAGAUAACAUUUUUAUAUAUAUUUUUGCGAGUGUUUCUCCUAACAAGAGACCAGAAUGUCAUUAUUCCACACAUGAACUAUUAAUAAAGAAGUGUGUUUAUAUUCUGUGGAUCGCUCAUAUAACCACAAUGAUAGUUCUACCUUUUAUUCUGAAACAAAUUAUUAAUCGUUAAACCACUAUGUAAACAGGUACGAGUGAAACAAUAUGGCCGGUUAUACUGUCAUUGUAUGCAUACAGACAUUAAAUAGAAAAAUGGCGUGGAAAAAAGGGCAUAAUGGCGGAUACAAAUAGUCCUCAGUUUUUGCUCUGUAGAGCUGUUUUCCUUAUUUUCUUUGCAUUUUUUUUUUGUGCUAAAAUCACAUGACAGAUCUCUGCUUGACAUGUAGGUAGCAUUUUGAUGAUGAAAUAACAACAUGACAGAAUUUUUCAUGGAGACGUAGAUCAUACACCACCACUAUAAUUUGGGGUCUCAUUUUUUAGCUGAUUUUGCAGUUUUUGUAUUUGACUGAAUUUUUUUUUUUUUUUUUGCAUCAAACAUGACUCCCACUUUCUUUUGAUUUCUCUUCAGCAAUAACGAUAUUCUUUAAGAAAAUGUAAGCUACAGACAUUUAAAGUGGGUCCCGAUGUGUGCUGCGGCCAUUAGAAAUGUGUCAAUGUUAUACAGAAUAAAGAAUAACUGCUA